GGAAGGGUUACAGAUAUCGAGCUAUUGUCGUCCGUUAUCAAAGGAAGUGAAGGUGGAAGAAUGAGUGGACCGCGAUAUGCAGCCAGGGAGAAGAACAUUCUCUCGAAUGUUUAAAGUUUGAGCGGAAAGACGAUGUGUUUUGUUAUGUCAUGGACUGUUAUUGCCCUGGGAGUCCAAAGAAGUGGAUGGAUUCCUGGGCGAAUCAGCGGCAAUGUCAACGGGACUGACUGAGCUCGAGGAAGCAUCUUUGCACGUCUCGCACCAUUGCUCAAGGAGCAUCAACUGCGAAAUGAACAUUCUGGUGUAUUGUGAACAUGUAAUGGUGUAGGUGUAACUUAUUUUAGACACCGCCAAAGAAUUGGUGCAGUAGACUAUAUUGCAAGUGAAGUCUCUAAAGACAUUGUUGGUGGUGCUCUAAAAACAACCGGAAGAAGUGAAGGUGACAAUCGACUAUCAACAUGAGGAUUUAUGAGUCAUUGACUUAAACAUUUAAUUAACCUAUAGGCUAUAGCGGAAUAACUUUAUUUUAGAGACUUAAAAGCCCAAAGACCCUGCUCGUUUCAGAUGCUACGGGACAUCCUGGCAUUUGGUGGUUUUCAAGCGGUUCCAAAACGUGACACUGCACGCGCACUGUGCGCUUUGGCUCAAAGUGAGCAACGCCGCCGUCUCGGCUGUGUUAUUUGAGUGAGAACCGGACAGCUAGUGGAUGCCGCAGAGUUGUUUGGGUCGAAACCGAAACAAGUGAAGGGUCAGGGAGCUGUUUUUGGGAAUUCCCCAUCCGACUGCGCCUUAUUUCACCAUGGAUGACUCGGGGAUAAUUCGGCGUCGGAGGCUGCAGGAUCUGCCACUGCCCCGCAAGAACAGCAGUUGUCGUACCAGUAACAGGAAGAGUCUGAUCCUGUCCACCACCUCUCCCACUCUGCCCCACCGCCCACACUCUCCUCUGCCCCUCCCUGGACACCUCGGAAGUAGCCCUCUGGACAGCCCACGCAACUUCUCUUCCAGCACCGCGGCACACUUCUCAUUCGCCUCCUCCAGAAGGGCGGAUGGUCGACGAUGGUCCCUGGCAUCUCUGCCCUCCUCUGGAUAUGGCACCAACACGCCCAGCUCCACGUCCUCCAGCUCGUCUCAGGAGCGGCUGCACCAGCUGCCCUUCCAGCCCACCAUGGACGAGUUGCACUUCCUGUCCAAGCACUUUGGCAGCACGGAGAGCAUCACCGACGAUGAUGGGGGCCGCUGCUCACCACAAAUGCGACCGCGCUCCCGCAGCCUCAGUCCUGGACGCUCCCCCUCCUGCUAUGACAAUGAGAUCGUCAUGAUGAACCAUGUGUACAAGGAGCGCUUCCCCAAAGCCACGGCUCAGAUGGAGGAGCAUCUAGCAGAGUUCAUCAAUGCCUUUUACCCUGAGAGCGUGCUGCCGCUGGCCGACGGGGUCAUCAGCUUCAUCCACCAUCAGAUAGCAGAGCUGUCCAGGGACUGCCUGUCCAAAGCUCGCAAGGGCCUCAUCACUACUGUCUACUUCUUUGAGCUGCAGGAGAACCUGGAGAAGCUGCUCAAUGACGCGUAUGAGCGAUCAGAGAGCUCAGAGGUGGCCUUCGUCACAGAGCUGGUGAAGAAACUCCUCAUCAUCAUCUCUCGCCCAGCAAGGCUGCUGGAGUGCUUGGAGUUUAAUCCAGAGGAGUUCUACCACCUGCUGGAGGCAGCAGAGGACCACGCCAAGGAGGGACACCUGAUGAAGACGGACAUCCCUCGCUACAUUAUCAGCCAGCUGGGACUGACACGAGACCCUAUAGAGGAAAUGGUGAACCUGGACAGCUAUGACAGUGAGGGACCUCUCACCCCAGAAACAGAUGACUCAACAGAGGGCAAGAUGAGAGCUAUGAAGACGCCCGAAGAGGCUGAUUUCCAGACCAUAAAGCUGAUCAGCAAUGGAGCCUAUGGGGCUGUUUACCUGGUCCGUCACCUGGAGACCCGUCAGCGUUUCGCCAUGAAGAAGAUCAACAAGCAGAACCUGAUACUGAGGAACCAGAUCCAGCAGGCCUUCGUAGAGAGAGACAUCCUGACCUUCGCUGAGAACCCAUUCGUGGUCUCCAUGUUCUGCUCCUUUGAGACCCGCAGGCACCUCUGUAUGGUCAUGGAGUAUGUGGAGGGGGGAGACUGUGCCACCCUGCUGAAAAACAUCGGGGCAUUGCCCGUGGAGAUGACGCGCAUGUACUUUGCCGAGACCGUCCUGGCACUGGAGUACAUCCACAACUAUGGCAUCGUGCACCGUGACCUCAAACCAGACAAUCUUCUGAUCACUUCCAUGGGGCACAUCAAGCUGACUGACUUCGGCCUGUCUAAGAUGGGUCUGAUGAGCCUCACCACUAACCUGUACGAGGGACACAUUGAGAAGGACACCAGAGAGUUCCUGGACAAACAGGUGUGUGGCACGCCAGAGUACAUCGCCCCGGAGGUGAUCCUGAGACAGGGCUAUGGGAAGCCAGUAGACUGGUGGGCUAUGGGCAUCAUCCUCUAUGAGUUCCUGGUGGGUUGUGUGCCGUUCUUUGGAGACACGCCUGAGGAGCUCUUUGGACAGGUCAUCACAGACGACAUAGUGUGGCCAGAAGAUGAGGACGCUCUUCCUGCCGAUGCCCAGCAUCUGAUCUCUACUCUGCUUCAGACCAACCCACUGGUCCGACUGGGCACAGGCGGUGCAUUUGAGGUGAAACAGCACUCGUUCUUCACUGAACUGGACUGGAACAGUCUGCUGAGACAGAAGGCUGAGUUCAUCCCCCACCUAGAGUCAGAGGAGGACACCAGCUACUUCGACACCCGCUCAGACCGCUACCACCACGUCCACUCUUAUGAUGAGGACGACACCAAUGAUGAUGAACCUGUCGAGAUCCGUCGUUUCUCGUCCUGCUCCCCUCGCUUCAGCAAGGUGUACAGCAGCAUGGAGCACCUGUCCCAGCUGGAGCACAAGCCCCCGAUGGUGACCCGGCGGGAGCACAAGGGCCCCAGGGAGGACCGGGCGGCCAAGAGAGAGAGUCUGGGCAGCCUGACCUUGAGAGACAAAAGCUGGAGGACAGGAUCACCUGAGAUGAAGCGACUGUCAUGCUCAGAGUCAUCCUUCACUGAGAGUGACUCCAGUCCUCCAUCUGGGGCCCGGCGACGCUUUUCUGCCCUCAUGGACACUCACCGCUUCGCCUCCCCACUAGAGGCCGAUCCUGAGCUGCCAGUGCCCACCAGGCAGCCCCCAGUGAAGGCCAGGGGCACCUCUCUGGAGGGGGCCAUGGGCACCACAUCCGUGGGCAUCACAUCCAGCCAGGGGGAUUUUAGGAAGGAAAAGGAGGGCAAUGGGUUGACUGCUGGAGACAAGCUGCUGAGGCCAGCUGAUGUACCAAUGGGUGUCAUCCCCAGCCCCAACAGUACUGUGACUGCUGGGGCAACAGAGCCCCAGGGGUCCCGGGCUACCAACGAGCUGGUCCUGAGGAGGGUCCGCCACAGCCAGCUCUCAGCUGAGGGAGAGAAGCGCAACUCGCGACCCGUGACCAAGGUCAUCAAGUCUGCCUCCACCACAGCCCUGUCUGUCAUCAUACCUACAGUGGAGCAGCAUGGUACGUCCCCCCUGGCCAGCCCCAUGUCUCCUCGAUCCAUUUCCUCCGACCUGUCGUCUCGUGACUCCUCCCCCAGCCGAGACUACUCGCCCACGGUCAACGUGCUGCGUUCUCCCAUCACUAUCCACCGCUCUGGGAAGAAGUACGGUUUCACCCUCCGAGCCAUUCGAGUCUACAUGGGAGACAGUGAUGUCUAUAGCGUACACCACGUGGUCUGGCAUGUGGAGGACGGAGGCCCUGCCCAGGAGGCGGGACUCUGCGCUGGUGACCUCAUCGCUCAUGUGAACGGGGAGUCUGUCCACGGGCUGGUGCACACUGAGGUGGUGGAGCUCAUUCUGAAGAGUGGAAACAAUGUGACGGUGACCACCACUCCCUUUGAAAACACCUCCAUCAAGAUUGGUCCUGCCCGCAAGUCCAGCUACAAGUCCAAGAUGGCACGGCGCAACAAGAAGACAGGGGCUAAGGAGGGACAAGAAAGUAAGAAGCGCAGCUCGUUGUUCAGGAAGAUCACUAAGCAGUCGAACCUGCUCCACACCAGCCGCAGCCUGUCCUCUCUGAACCGCUCUCUGUCAUCAGGGGACAGCCUACCAGGCUCCCCCACCCACAACCUCUCUGCCCGCUCCCCCACACAGAGCUACCGCUCCACCCCCGACUCCACCUACCUGGGCAACACUUCUCAGAGCAGUUCUCCAGUCUCCAGCACCCCUAACUCUCCGGCUGCCUCCCAGCACAUGAGACCGAGCUCCCUGCACGGCCUCUCCCCCAAACUGCACCGCCAGUACCGCUCAGCCCGCUGCAAGUCAGCUGGCAACAUCCCUCUGUCCCCCCUGGCCCACACACCCUCCCCCACCACCUCCUCUCCCCCACCCCUGUCUGGCCACACGGUGGGUAGCUCCAACACCACUCAGGCCUUCCCAGCAAAGCUCCACUCCUCUCCCCCUGUGGCCCGUCCCAGGCCCAAAAGCGCAGAGCCCCCACGCUCACCUUUGCUACAGCGGGUUCAGUCGUCAGAGAAACUGGGUGCAACCCUUCUACCCUCCUUUUCAUCUUCGUCUUCAGCUUCCUCACCCCUUGCAGGAGGGGUGUCAAUGCGUAAACACAGCCUGGAGGUGUCACAUGGGGACUACAGGAGGGAGUCUUUCCAGUGCGAGCACAGCCUGCAGAGUCUGCUGGAGAUGGAGGGAGAGAACGGGCCCGUUCCCCCCUCUCCCUCAUCUUCCUCCUCCCCUUCUCCCCCCACGGUUGGAGAGACAGGGUGCCUGAAGCUUGCGAGGAGGCUGGGGAGACAGGAGUCGCCCCUGAGCCGGGACACACUGCUGACAGGGAGGGAGAGAGCUGCCCAGACUACAGCAUAUGACCCACACACUGACAGCACACCUGUUAAAGUAGAGCCCAAGACCAGUGCUAGUGAGACAGCUAAGACAUUAACCCCUUGUGAGGCUCUGAAGAGAAAAGCUUCACCAGUACCAGGUGAGGCCCAGCCUAGCCCAGCCUCAACCCCCUCCACUCCAGAGGCCAAGUCCAGACCAGCAGACAAACCACUAAGCUCUAGUGCUCCAAGCUCUGAGACAGCCAGUGGUGGCCCUAAUCCCACUUACAGGGCCCCAGUCCAGGCUACAUCCCAGAGUCCGCUCUCCCAGGAGCGUAAGCACCAGGUUGUCCAGACAGACACCACCCCAGCAAGCAGAAUCCAGGAGAAGAGUGAGGAGAAAGGGAGUGGGCGUCCAGACAAAGUCACCACACAGAGGGCGGGAGCUACAGAGUUGGCCAAGGCAAGUAAAGACACACAGAUGGGAGAGAGCACUUUGAAAGGAGGGAUGGGUGGCAUUGACAAAGCCACUGAGACCAAGGUUAAAGGACCUGCUCCUUCAGUCCCAACCCAAGCACCAGCCCCGACCCCGGCCCCAUCCCCUCUUACCAUAGGCCCAGUUCCUGCUUCAACAAAAUCCAGAGCAGACAAGGUUCCUGUCCCGUUGAGCAGCUACCGAGGGGCCAAGGAGGAGAGGAGUCACCUGGAGGUGGUGGAGGAGAACCCUAUGUCCCCCUCCUCCACCGCUGCCUCCCCCUGCUCCAGCAAGUCACGCCCCGUCUCUCCUGGUGACAAGCCAAGCUUUGUGACUCAGCUGACCAGUGUGGCCAAAAACGUGCUGGGGCCUAUGAAGAUGGGAUCCCAGGAAGGGCCCAAGGGUGGUGAGGAGAAACGGGGAAGUUCAGCAGGAAAGUCUGAGGCUCCGUCUGGAGGUGGUCGACGGGGCGCUGAGGGGACAUCUCCAAGUCCUACCGGCUCAGCUCAGCCUGAAAAGGCAAACACAAGGAAUUCAGGUAAGCACCACUCCUGAUCUGCAAGUGAGGGACAAACCUGGGAUCUCCCGGAAAAUGCCUUUUGGACCAGAAUAUCAUGCCACCAUAUUAGGCACCUACAGGGCACCCUCGAAAAAGGGACAAAAACAUGUACGCCUAAAGAAACAGAAACACACCAAAUAGCUAGAAAAUACAGACCUGUCGAUAAAACAAGAAUAUGUUGAGGAAUGUGCUUUAAUGCUGUUCUCAAAUGUGUGUGUGUAUGUACUGUAUGUGUAAUGUAUAUAGUAAAAGCGUGUCUGCUUGCAUGUUCCAAAUUGUACAUGAGAGAUGAAAGAGAAUAUUUAAAGAGACGAGGAAAAACAAUCUAACAGACCUGAUGGUAGUGAACACUGUGAACAUCAUGUCAACAGCCCCCACAUGUUCCCAAAGUAAACAGCAUGUCAAUAGGCAGGCUCCUGUCACAGUCUGUCACCAUGAGGAGCAUUACCCAUGUCCGUCAACUCCGGUGCCAUCUUUUCACUCAGUUGAAAUAACUAAAGAUAGCACCUUGUUCUUUUUCUCACACAGUACCUGGAAAAUAGAUUGAGAGAAGAAUUGUUGUAUUGGUGUAACAUGCAUUGGUGUAACACAUUGAGAUCUGUUUCUAACUGGACAAAGAAGAUGACCUGCUUGCUAAAUGUGGAACUUGGAAUUGUAUUGUGUAAAGGAGAGCUGAAUGAAUUUGUUUGAGUGUUUUAAGGGCUGAGUCCUGGUUGGAUUUAGGUGGACUAUCUGAACUUGCACAGGGACACUAUGCAAUGGACUUUUAAAGUAUUUUCCUGUGUGUCCCCUACAAUGUACCCAUGAACGGAUGUUAGGGAGGUAAAGGUUUGCAAUAAGCCAAGCAAGCAGAUAUAUUGUUCUACGAAUUGUCUGCAUUGACUCAACCCACUGGGCACACACUGGUUGAAGGCAAUGUUGUUUCCACGUAAUUUCAAUGAAAUUAUGUUGAACCAACAUGGAAUAGACAUUGAAUUGACAUCUGUGCCCAGUGGGCAUUGUGAAAUGUGCAAUUAUUUAGGUUCUGACAUGAAUACAGUGCUAAUGAAUUGAACUAAAGAAGUGGAACCCAUAUGUCUCUGCGUGUGAAUUAAGUGUGGUCAGGUGAUGAAAUUGAUACUAUAGAAUGGGAGUCUUGUUUGAGACUUACUCGUACUCUGGCAACGUAGGCUAGAACUCUCCCUUUUCAAUGUAUGCAAAAUUAGCAUUGUAUAAUGUAAUGUGCGAAUAAAAGUGCCAGUUUAUUUGAGGGAUAUGUUGUUUACAGUGAUGAGUAAUGAUAUGCAAGUUCUAUGUAGAAUUCCUAGUGAGAUCUGAGAGCCCACCGUAGACAUAGGCAGCACUUUCAUCAGGGACGUAACUUAAUAUGUUCAUACCCAUACCUGUAUCAGACUGCCAUCUUGUGGUCAUCACACGACUGUCCUGAACAUAGUAUUUGAGGUAAAAAUGUAAUUGACACAUAAUCAGUUCACAAUUGAAUGACACAAGAUUAGAUUUUAUCUGAGAUAUUACCCUCAUAUCUUCAUGAUUUUCUAUUGUAACCACUGUUCCAUUCAUAUAGCUACUAGAAACUUGUUUGUUUGUCUAAAUACAAUUUGAAAAAACUUUUGUUGUUUGUAUUAUGACCGAUAAAGAGAGCUGUAUGAUACAGAUACAGUGCUCCUAGGAGAAAACAAACAGCUCUUAUUUAGAUGAAUGCUAGUUAAAAGCUUGUGUUUGUGUAUGUGGCGGUGUGCGUGGAAAUUGCACUUUAUUUUGUGUCAAAUGUAUUUAUUUAUCUAUUUAUUAUAUUAUUAUUACACUAUUUAUUGUAUUUGAUUAUUUGUCAAUUGCUCUCAAAUGGUUUACUUGUGCAUUGUUCUUUGAAUCGUUAUUUAUAUCUCUAAAUUGUAAGUCUACAAAUGAGAGAAUUUACCAAAUCUGUGUGGUUGUCAUAUUUUGUGCAGUUAUACUUCUGUCAUUCCAUAAGAGAGUUGCAAUACACCAUGGCCUCUGUCCAUGUUGACUUAUUUGUGAGUUUUGACUUUUUUAUGACACUUCUCUCAGUUCAUUGUUGUCCAUUUCAUUUUAUUCCCUAGGCACUGUUAUGAAACCAAUGCAAAAAAAAAGCCUAUAGAGUAAUAAAAUCCUUCAAGAUAAUCCUUAAAUUAC